AUGAGCGCCGGCAACCGCAACGAUUCGAGAAACGCACAUCUCCGACGAGACGGAGCAAGGAGCGUCUCAAACGGGCAUCGGAGUUCGCCAACGCUAUCAACGCUGUCGAGUCUGUCAUGGGACUCAAACGACCUGUACGAGCAGGAUAGAAGGAUGGCAUGGGAACUCAACGCCGAGGACAGACAUCUUAUCGAUACGCUCGAUACAAGGCCAAGGUAUGCGAUGCAAAAUGCACGUCGUCAACAAUUCUCAGAACCAGCAUCGAUUGGGAGAGGGUUACCAGAAAUGGAGUCGCCCGAGCCCGCCGUUUUCUCGGCUUGUGGUGACUUGUAUCCGCCGUCAGAGGGCGCCUACUCUCAGUCGGUUCGUAUGCACAAUCCUAGCCUACAACGGCCGUAUGCGCGGUACCCGCCGUAUGCGCGAUACACACCGAAUGACGACGAAACGGCGUACCUAACUUGCAAUACAACCAUGAACAACGAGCGCGACAUGUUCAGACGACAUGAACGGCGCGAAACGGAGCAGCAGUACGCAGAGCAGCACAGAUUGGAGCAGCGCAGAACGGAACAACAUGCAGCCAGCUCAAAACAAGACACUGUAAAUGUCACCGACCUAGUGAAGCUUCUUAUGAGCUACGAAGAGCGACGAGAUCAACGACUUCGUGAGCAGGAAGAAAAAUAUGAAAAACUCGCCACCCAAUUCAUGCAGUCUCCUAAUGUAAAUUCCAGUGCGCCAACAGCGGCGACAACAGCAUAUCACAUCGUGCCGGAUUUGAGUAAGGACAUUCGAACAUUCAACGGCGAAGAAAGCAACGCAGCAGCGAGAGAGUGGUUGCGCGGUAUCUCCAGCAGACGAGAACUGCACCACUGGCCAGACUCGUACGCAUACGAGACGGCUCGCUCGCACCUCCGCGGUGGGGCACGUCACUGGCUCGCUCGCAAGAAGAAUGUGAAUUCUUGGGCAACUUUCAAAGCAGCAUUCGUCAAAACAUUCAUCGGCGUCGACAGUUUGACAGACGCAUGGACGCGUAUGUCAGCGCGAGUGCAACAAAAAGGAGAAAAGAUAAGUACUUAUUUCCACGAGAAGAUGAAACUGUGUGACGAAGUACACAUGAAAUUCGACGAUGCUCGUGAGCAAAUCAUUAUCGGGCUAUGGUCGAGAGAAUUGCGCAACGUCGUCGCUCCACGUAAUCAUAUGGACGACGAUGAGUUGCUGCAUGAUUUAAAGAAACAACAACGAAUCAUCUCGCAGAGCUACGACAAAAAGAAUUCGAAAUCGGAUUAUGCAUCGAGAGCCACUUCACCUGAAGAAAAGUCGGACGUUAGUGAAAGAAAAAAAUCACCGACAAGAAGCAGUGACAAAGAUUCACGAAGCAGAAAUUCAACUAGAAAGGCGCCAGCUCGCAACGAGAAAGGAGAGCUGAAGUGUUACUCUUGUAACUACUACGGACACAUUUCAAAGGACUGUCCUACCAAAACGAAUGAAAAGAAAAACACACAGUCAACCUCAUCGAAGUCUACACCUCCAGCUCAACCCAAAGAUGAUCGAGUGAUUGCUAAAAUCGACAGUACUACAGCAGAUGCUGCACUGAAGUACUUCAAAGAUGCAGAGCUCGACGGACAGGAAAUCAAAGCUUUCAUUGAUCAAGGUAGUUCAGACUGCAUUAUCAAGGCAUCAUCAGCACUUCAGUUGGGACUGCGGCUCAUCAAGGAUAAAUUAAAACUACGUUGCUAUGGUCCAAAGGAGCACCAAAUCAACACCAUAGGGUUUGUAAACUGUUCAUUGAGCAUCGAUGGAGUCAAGGCUGAUAAUGUACCAGUGCGAGUAGUGCCAGACGACUUCCAGCCAAUGCCACUGCUCGUUGGACGUUCUUACACCGAGCUGCCCUUCAUUAAGUUCAGCAAAAACAAGGAUACGUUCAAGUUUAUGUAUGAUUUGGAUCAGUUAGCUCAGGAGGAAGCGACAUCCUACGACACCUUGCAAGUCAAGGAGAAUAAUCAGCUUUUACCCAACUCAGUCAACUUUGUGUGCAUAGAUAAUGCUGAACGAAACGUCUCAUUACCUCUGUUUAAUUUUAGUGAGAAACCGGUGAUGCUGCUCAAAGGAGAAAAUUUUCCAGACAGAGGAGAAUUAUGUGAAGCACCGCCUCUGCUGGCAACGAAGAAGCAAGCCAUCACUGAAGCUGACGUCGUAAUUGGAGAAAAUCAACCGGUCGAGGCAAAGCGAGAACUGAUCAAGCUCCUCAACGAAUUUCGAGACACCAUUGCCAUGUCGAUUGAAGAGCUGGGAUGUACAAGUCUAAUCGAGAUGGACAUAAAGGAGCUCCCUGGGAGCAAACCAGUAAAUCGAAAGCCGUACCCAGCCAGCAACGCAGAGAGAGAGCGUAUCAAAGCCAUUGUCAGUGAGUGGAAACGGCUAGGAGUAUGCACCGAGACGGAUUCGCCGUAUGCUAGUCCUGUGCUUAUCUUCAAAAAAAAGAACGGCGAAGACAGGCUGGUAGUGGAUUACAGGCUCCUCAAUCAGCAAACAGAAAAACGGAGUUUUCCUCUGCCAAACAUUGAGGAUCACUUGGCUCAACUACGCAGCGAGAACAAGCUUUUCAUCGUCUUGGAUUUGGCACAUGGCUACCUUCAAGUACCGUUGGCUAAGGAAGCGCAAGAGAAGACGGCAUUUGUGACACCAGACGAAACUGGUCAGUUUACGAAAAUGAUAUUUGGCCUCACCAAUGCGCCGUUUUAUUUUUCCAAAUUAAUGAAGAAAACGCUGGAGCCGGUUCGCAACGACGUAGUGCUUCAUUAUCUCGACGACAUCCUUAUCGCCGCAAGCUCGUGGGAAACGCUUUUGCUGAGACUUCGGCACGUAUUGGAGUGUCUCCGACGUGCUCGCUUGACAAUAAAGCUGUCAAAAUGUGGAUUUCUGCAAGAAAAAAUUACUUACCUCGGACUAGAACUGUCCGCAAAAGGGAUUUCUCCAGGCAGAUUAAAAGUUGCUGCAAUAGAAAAUUACCCAACUCCAAAAAGUAUCCACCAGCUCAGACGAUUUUUGGGACUUGUAAGCUUCUUUCGUCGUUUCGUACCACGUUUCGCUUGGAUUGCUCAACCUUUAUAUAAUUUGUUGAAAGCAAACGUCAAAUUCACAUGGAAAACCGAAGAAGAAAAUGCAUUUCAUCUGCUGAAGACCAAGCUUACAGAAAAACCCAUAUUGCAGCUGUUCGACCCUAAAAGAGAGACCGAAGUGCAUACAGACGCCUCUGCAGCUGGACUGGCAGGAAUGUUACUGCAGCGAGGUGAUGAUGGAAACCUGCACUUAGUGUACGCUGUAAGUCGAAGUACUAGCCAAGCGGAGAAAAAUUAUCACUCUAGCAAGCUCGAGAUGUUGUGCUUAAUUUGGACGGUAGAAAGGCUGCGCAACUGGCUGAUUAAUAUAAAAUUUGUUGUAUAUACUGACUGCAGAGCGCUUAUUUACAUCAAUGUAAAGAAGACACAAAAUCCACAGUUUAUAAGGUGGCAGAACGCGCUCAGUGAGUAUGAUUGCGAGAUAAGGCACCGACCGGGCGAAAGGAUGCAGCACGUAGAUGCUUUAAGUCGUGCUUUUCCCCAAGACAAGUGCGAAGAUUCAACAGUUUUUACAAUUGCCAAUGACACCGACGAAGUCCUACUCUACCAAUUCUCCGACGAGGCAGUGCAACGCAAAAUUGAAAUUUUACGCAAAGAUGCAUCCGAACGAACGAAAAAUGAAGUAUCAGAAGUACAAGAUUAUGAGCUAAGUAAUGGAAUUUUAUUUAAGUUAAUUGAUGGACAGAGAAAAUUCGUAAUUCCAAAAUCAAUGAGAAAAGCCAUGAUCGUUCGCUUCCACGACCUACACGGACACUUUGGACUAGAUCGUACGCUCAGAAAAAUGCAAGAAUUUUAUUUCUUUCCGGGGAUGCGACGGUAUGCAAGGCAACACAUCAAAGCUUGCAUCCAUUGCAUUACGAACAAGACUAUGACAGGUAAAAAGCAAGGAAUUCUACAUCCAAUUCCACCGGGUGAAAGACCUUUCCAAAUUAUACAUAUAGACCACAUUGGACCGCUAGUGACAAGCUCCAAAAGAAACAAGUAUAUUCUAGUAUUGGUCGAUAACUUUACCAAAUACGUCAUUCUUGAACCCUGCAGAGAUACCAAAAGUGAUCAAGUCAUUAAGAUAUUGGAGAACUUCUGUAUUCAUUACGGAGCUCCAGACAGAAUAAUCUCAGAUAGAGGCACGUGCUUUACUUCACACACCUUUGAAGAUUUUUGUAAAAGACACGGCAUUCGGCACACUUUAAACUCGCCUAGACACGCUCAGGCAAAUGGGCAAGUUGAAAGAGUCAAUAGAACACUCGUACCUGUAAUUCAAGCUAUGAAUGAAAAAGAAAACGACAAACAUUGGGACUCUGAGAUCAAGAAAGUAGAAAUGUGCUUAAAUACGACGUUUAACAAAAGCACCAAUAAAACACCCUUUGAAGUAUUGUAUGGUUAUAAACAUCGCUAUAACGAAGGCCUUAUGAGAACUCUCACUGUGCAGGAAGAAAAUUAUACGCCGCCAGAAGAGCUUCACGAAGGAGUAAGAGAAUCUAUCGUUAAAGAACAGUCAAAAUACAAGGAGAACUACGAUAAGAAACGCUACAGUACGACCUUUUAUAACAUAGGCGACAUAGUGUACAUGCAAUCUAAUCCAGUUGCCACAGGUGAAAGCACAAAGCUUCAACAAAAGUUCAAAGGACCGUUCAUUAUUUACAAGAUUCUCCCAGGUGACACGUAUGGUAUUACUGAUCUCAACCCAGCUCAAAAAGGCAGUCGUUAUGCAUCCACCGCACAUGUGUCGCAACUCAAGCAAUGGAAACCAUGUGUUGAAGAUGACCCAGUAAGUGAUGACAAUUCGACCGAUGAAGAAACAAACGCAGAUGAGUCAUUGUCUUCAAAAAUCAAGGAAAUUUCAAGCUCAGAUGAACAAGAUAAAAAUGCAAGACCAAUGAGAAGAAAGAACUUACCUCAACGCUAUCAAGAUUUUGUUUUGAAUUAA